CCCCUCCAUCCGCCAGUUGAUUCAACUCUACUCACAACGAAUAAAUCAAUCAUGGCCAAGAUCAAGACACCCAAGCGAAACGGAGGUGGCUCGAACGCUCCCUACGAGCGCAAGGGAGGCGGUGCCCCCGGUGCCGGCUCAGCGAAAAACAACGUAUUCAAAUUCAACACAGGCUUCGGCCAGCACAUUCUCAAGAACCCCGGUGUAUCAGACGCCAUUGUCGAAAAGGCGUACCUGAAGCCCACGGAUACCGUUCUGGAAGUCGGCCCCGGUACCGGCAACUUGACAGUCCGAAUCUUGGAGCGCGCCAAAAAGUGCAUCUGCGUGGAACUCGAUCCCAGAAUGGCGGCGGAAGUGACAAAGCGUGUACAGGGAAAGCCUGAGCAGCGUAAACUCGAAGUACUGCUCGGCGAUGUAAUCAAGACGGAGCUGCCAGCAUUCGACGUCUGCAUUUCAAACACACCGUACCAGAUUUCAAGUCCUCUGGUCUUCAAGCUGCUCGCCAUGCCGAAUCCACCCCGCGUCUCUGUUCUCAUGUUCCAGAGAGAAUUUGCGCUCCGCCUCACAGCCCGCCCCGGCGAUACCCUCUACUGCCGUCUCUCAGUAAACGCACAGUUCUGGGCCAAGAUUACACACAUUAUGAAGGUCGGCAAGAACAACUUCCGCCCUCCUCCCCAAGUCGAAUCGUCCGUCGUCCGCAUCGAGCCCAAGAUGGGCAAGGACCGCCCCAACGUCAGCUGGGACGAGUGGGAUGGCCUUCUGCGAGUCUGCUUUGUCCGCAAGAACAAGACGCUGCGUGCAAGCUGGCUGGGAACAAAGGAAGUGCUUGCCAUGGUGGAGCGCAAUUACCGAACAUGGUGUGCCAUGAACGGUGUAGCUGUCGACGAGUCUGUUGUCGAGGAUGGCCAGGAUGACGACGGUAUGGACGAUGUGGACGGCGAGGAGGAGGAAGUGGGCGGUGGCGACGAUAUGGAUAUGGAUAUGGAAGACGAUGAUACCCCAGCAUUUUUCAAAGAGACCAGCGCUUCGACAAUACCAAAGACGAAAAGCAAGAAGAAGAAGACAAAGGUGGCCGAGCUGGUUCGCGAAAAGAUCCGCAAGGUUCUCGAAGACGUUACCGAGUUGGCUGACAAGCGAGCUGGCAAGUGUGAUGAAAACGAUUUCCUACGACUGCUUUUUGCCUUUAAUGAGGAGGGUAUUCAUUUUUCAUAGAAGCGGUGCAUUCAACCAUAUGGCGAAAAGCGCAUGCAUUUCCACUAUAGUUACUGUUCACG